AAAAAAAGAAACGUCAUUUUCCAACCGUCAACGGUAUUUUGAUUUUUCAAAUGCAUUAAGCAAUACAAAAUGUGAUGAAACAAAAUAUUUAUACCAUAAAAUGGAAGCAAAUAAGCUUUUAAUGAAACUAAAAGCUCGUGGAGUUGAAAGUGACGACACUGACUUAGUGAAAGUUUACGCUCAAUAUAAGGAUAUAAUUAGCACCUUACCUUCCAAGGACAGGACACCGUUUUCUUUGAAUAUUUUGUGUAUUUUAUGCAGAAACAUUGAGAGGGUGCCAUCAUGGAGCAAAACUGUGAAGGACAAGGAACUUCUUAUGUUGACAAUAGAGUGUGUGAGAGAAGCCCGAGGGCUGGAAGGUGCAGAUGAAGCUAAGGCACUGGCAUAUGUGUUCCACAUACACAGGCACAUCAUUAGGAAGGGUUCAAAUGCUCCUCCAGAACUCCUCCUCAAGUUGUCUUACAUGCCAUUUGAAAAGAAGAAAUUGAUAAAAGAAUAUUUUAAGACAUAUUGGAACAUUGUUGCCGAUAGAAUCACAUACAUAGAAAGAUUAAAAACAAAAUUAUCCGUCGCCAAACUCUUGCCGGCUCUCUCACAAGACAUUUUAAAAAUUAUCAAUAUAUUUGAAGUAACACAGUUUUGCUCGAAUGUCCUUUCCUAUGUUGUUAAAAAGAUGUAUUUAAUUUUUACUGACUCACCCAAAGAAUUGAAUGUUAUAUACCAAAAUAUUUUCCAAUGUUUAUCCAAGACUGAAGUAGAAAACUUUAAAACCUUAUCCAACGAAUUUACUAUAGACUUGUAUUAUAAGUUUAGUGAUUGUCUUUGUGUCGUUAUAGAGAAUGCAUCAAAAAUGAAAUACAAAGAAUUAUAUUUAGAAAAUUUUGUACAGACAUGUAUAUAUGUGUUAGGUCAUAGAAAGGAUUUGUAUGCUUGCUUUCAAAAGUUCUAUUUGAGUUCAUUCUGCUGUUUAUUCAAGGAAAAGUCGAAUGUUAGUGAAAUUAUGUUUUAUAAUCUCAUCGAUUUAAGCACAUCAAGCGAAAAUGAAAGCUACACUGAAGCAAUGAAAGCGACCUAUCCAUUUUUAUCUCAGUUGAUAAGAAUUUAUAUUGAGAGUGAAAAAUUUAAGCAGAAUGUUUCAUCUGUAAAAGGAUGUUUAGAGUUUAUACUGUUUUUAUUAGAGAAAUUAAAAGAUACAACACAGCUCUUGAAAUGUGACGGAUGUAUCUUUAAGUCUGGUUUACAUGAUGCCCUCCGAGUAUCAUUUUUAACUAAAUCUUUCAUAACAAACGUGAACACAGAACAUCUCGAGUCUAUGCUACCCACUUACUAUCUGAUAGUAGAAAAACAGUACAAAAUAUUAGAGGAGUUAAAAGAAAUGGGUUGUCCAAAUUAUUCUAAAUGUUUCAAAAAAUUACAAGCGGACAUACACAACACCGCUAUCUCGCUUCAUCCCAUGAAACAAUGUGAAUUUUCAAUUAAACUAUUCAAUAUAUAUUUGAAAAAUGAAAUAAGAGGACCAAAGGAAAGUUUAGACAGGAAGAGCAUAAGCAGGGCUUUUUAUAACAAAGGAAUAAGUGAGCUGGAUAUGCAGUUGCCGGAGGAAGCUAUGAAAAGUGCUUACUUGAGUAUGAUUUUCGCCUUGCCCGAAUCUUUGAGUGCACAAAAGUAUAUGGAUCUAGUGAAUAACAUUAAGUCUAUGAAUAGUUCGGAGGACGGAGGAAAGUUUGACAAGUUGAGAUGUAUGACGAGCUUAGAUGUGUGUAAGGAAAUCCUUAGUGAUGAGCGACAUGAACACUUGAAGCCGGUUAUUCAAGAUGUUAAGUUUUGCCAACUAUUGCUGUACGAACACAGAAUGUACAUGCAGCACUGGCCGUCUGUGAAACCAAUAUCUGGCGUUUGCAAAUCUGUAUGUCAUCUUCUAGAACUACGGGAGAAAAGGGCAGACAGAGAAAAGUGGAUUACAGAAGAAAAGAGGGAGUACAUCUUGGAAGCGCUGUACGAAAUUAUAUUGGACGCCACUAGAAUAAGGAGCUUCGAUGUUGACAUAUUCAAAGAGGUGGUUGUUCAGCUGCUGGAGAGAUUUGAGCAGGAACCGCCGCACACUAUAGACCACAAACUUGUGAAUGCGGUUGUGAUGUUUAUGAAGGCGGAAAUGGACCUUAGUGCUAUGGCCGAAGAACAUGACUGGAAUACCGACGUUACAAUAUUAGACCCAGAUAAAGACGAAACAGACCGGACCUUGGAGUUAGAACAUAAAGCGCUGGAGUACGCGAUAAAAGGCGUCGAAUACAUGACAGCUAUACACGGAGAAAUUAACAAAUGUAGCACCGUGUCGAGAUACUUCACGACGGCGCUGCAGGUGUGUGCGGCGGUCGUGCAGGAGCUGCUGUACCUAGAGAGGGCCGUGUGCGCGCUGCAGCUCGCAUACAUCUGUUGCGACAUGGCCAGAAUCGCCAACUACGGGGCUGGUUACCUUCGCAACGCUGGCGUUAUCAUCAGCCAGGCGGAGAAGAGAUCGCCGUUCGUGGAUGGGUUGAUAGCUGCGGGUAUCCGGUACAUACCCGAGCUGAUGAAGACGAACGCGACCGUUGGUGUCCCACUGGUCUACAUCUGUGAAGUUGCGAUGUAUAAUCACAAGUGUGGCAACAUUGGCUCCGCGGCCAGGAUGGUGCAAGCUGUGCAGGCGAAAGUUCUGCACUUCUACCAGAAUGUCGAAAGGAAAGAAUAUAACUGUGACAUGGACCUAGCCGUAGGGCGGUUAAUGGAGGCGCAGACGCAGCUGUGUGCGUCGCGCGACGCGCCGUCCGCGCUCAGCGCCGCCACCGCGCUGCAACGACACUACCUCGCUUCUCACGCUUAUGGCGCGGGUUGGAGUACGCGUCACCUUCUCACGUGCGCGGUGCGGUCGCGCGGCAUCGUCGCGGCGACACGCUGCGUGCGACUGUCGCGGGCGCUGCAGCUGUGGCGCCGCGCUCGUGCUGCUGCCGCCGCCGCGCUGCCGCUCGCGCCCGCUGCAGCUGCUGCGCGCUUACACGCUGCUCUCACGCACACACAUCACGGUUCUGCCGCCCAGACUAGGAUAGACAACCGUUUGAGGUUUAUAGCCGGUCAGCAGCCGUCGAGCGUGAUACCGGAGGGCGGCGCGGCGUUCGAGUACACGCCGCAGCUGCAGCAGCACGAGACGAUGCUGUUCUGCAUCUGCGGCCUGAGCCCAGCGCAACCCGCGCGCCGCGUGUCCGCGCACGUGACGCAACAGUUCCUGAGCCACGCCUCCUGCGCCUGCCCCGCCUGCGCCACGCCCGCCCCCGCCCUCCUCACCUGCGAGUUUGAAGCGCUCGAGGCCUCCAUGUACUACCGCGCCAAGGAGUUCCAUAUCGCCAGAAACUACUACGACGGCGCCACCGAAACCUUCGAACUCGCCAAACUGAAGCUCGAAGAUAUAUUCAGAAACUACAGGGGCAAGUUCAAUAAUGAAAUCUGCGAUGUCCUCCGAGUUUCGUAUGAGAAGGAGUACAGAAAUAUGGAAAUGGAAUUCCUGAUAGAGCUGUCGUUCUUUGAGCUGUCGCAGAACAAUAUCGACCGGGCGAACGAGAAUUUCGUCAAAAUACACGAGCUGCUCGCCGAAAACGCCUCCGACGAGUACGUCGCGAACGAAAUUUCGAAUCUGAUGGUCACCGCGGCGAAAUUGAGGAACGAUAGAAAGAUAAAGAGACACCCCGACGCCGACUUCGAAGAGCCGAUACCGCCGGUCGAGGUCCGCACUCCGGAAAGUAAACUGGUGCAGAAAAUGGAGACCGAUCUCAAAAUAAAGGCGGACGAGGUGCCCAAGCGGCUCAAAGUUAUCAAGAUGAAUUUAGACGCGGCCGAGGAGUCGGAUUCCGAGGCGGAGAAGGAGUUCAAGGUGCCGGUGCCCAAGCCGAUCAAGAUAGAGGACAUGACGCCGAAGCCGAAAGCGAGGCCGAAGUUGCAGGCUAUAGGGCAGGAGACGCCGAAGACGCCGCAAAUAUUUUAUACGCCGGCGCAGGCCACGCCCGGCGAACAGUUCUUUACUCCGAUGACGUCCAUAAAGACUUAUUCCAGGAGAAUAGUUAAGAAUUUAGAGAGUGAGUUCCUAACACCGAAAGCAGCUCAGAUGACACAGAACUACAUGCGGGAGACGGCCAGAAAACGAUCUGCGGUGGAAACACCAUUGGCGACUAGAACGGAGAAGUCUGCGACUAAGUCAGAAAAAUUGGUGACUAAGUCGGAGCAGUUGGCGACCAAGCCGGAGAAGUUAGUGACUAAAUCCGAGGAGUUGAUUAAAGCAGAUAAAUUGGAGACUCUAUCAAAAAAAUUGGCGACUAAAUCUCUUAAAUCGGUAACUAAAACAGAAAAAUUAGACACUAAAUCUGGAAAAUUGGCGACGAAAUCAGAGAAGUUGACAAAACCAGAUAAGAAAGCGUUGAUUCGAGCCACCAGUCCGGGCAAACUGGAGGAGAGGCCGGCGACUCGGUCGAGGAGGAAGGUAAAUGAUAAAUAAACAAUAAUUAAUUUUA